CUCCUGGCUGCGGCUUUCCGGCUCUCGGCUCUCGACUGACAGAAGCAAACGGAACCGCAGGAAAUGGCCAAAGUGGAGCUGACGCCGCUGAGAGCGUGGGACGACUUCUACCCCGGCCCGGACCGGUUCGCCAAGCCGGACGGCAAAGAUUUGGCCAAAUGGAACAACAGAGUUGUCAACAACCUGCUUUACUAUCAGACUAAUUAUUUGGCUCUGGCCGUCGGUGUUUUCCUCGUUGUGGGGUUCCUGAACCCCCUGGGGAUGUUCACAGCGAUGGCCGUGGUGUCGGCCGUCUUCCUGGCUUCCGUGUGGGCCGCAGAGAACCGAUCCGUGAUCAGCAACUUCAAGAGGAACAAUCCCACGGCCUUCGUGAUCGCCGUCAUGGUGACCAGCUACAUGUUGAUCUCCAUGCUGGGGAGCGUCAUGGUGUUCAUGACGGCCAUCACUUUACCUCUGGCUUUGAUAUUUGCACACGCCUCCUUUCGCCUCCGCAACAUGAAGAACAAACUGGAGAACAAGAUGGAGGGAGCCGGGCUGAAGAGGUCCCCCAUGGGCAUUCUGCUGGAGGCCCUGGGUCAGCAGGAGGAGAACUUUCUAAAGAUCCAGGGCCUCCUGGAGGGAAAACUGAAGGAGUGAAUGGACUUUGUCCUCUCGCGUCUUCUUCCUUUGAACAAACAUCCGACAAGAUCCAGAGUUUGUUUCAUAUACAGUGUGUGUGUGUGUGUGUGUGUGUGUGUGUGUGUGUUUCCCUCAGGGUAUCGGUCACUCCCCUCAGAACCUGCCUGGGCACUAUUGACAGACGUUUCAGCUACGCAGUGUGCGAGUGUUCAUGUGGAACACAUCUGGAUACACCAGCCCCCCCCCCCCCCCCCCACCACUCGCACAUGUGUUGCUUUGAAAGAAAGAAUAAAGAAGCCAACGGCCGACACGCAUGUGUUGCGGGGCUGGACUGUGAAGUUUUUUGAAUAAUAUCUCUUCUUUCCAAUGACUGAAGUAUGCUGUUGAAUAAACCGCACAAAGAGAAA